CGCGCGGCCGGCGGCGGUUGGCGGCGUGUGGGGCCGGCUGGCGGUUGCCGGGAGCGGGACCAGAGCUCAGGCAGCUAGAGCCGGCGCCAUGGUGGAGAAGGAGGAGGCGGGCGGCGGUAUCAGCGAGGAGGAGGCGGCGCAAUAUGACCGGCAGAUCCGUCUUUGGGGAUUGGAGGCCCAGAAACGGCUGCGGGCCUCCCAGGUGCUUCUUGUCGGCAUGAAGGGACUCGGGGCUGAAAUCGCCAAGAAUCUCAUCCUGGCUGGAGUGAAAGGACUGACCAUGCUGGAUCAUGAGCAGGUAUCUCCAGAAGACCCCGGAGCCCAGUUCCUGAUCCGUACUGGGUCUGUUGGCCGAAACAGGGCUGAAGCCUCUUUGGAGCGAGCACAGAAUCUCAACCCCAUGGUGGAUGUGAAGGUGGACACUGAGAAUAUAGAAAAGAAACCCGAGUCAUUUUUCACCCAAUUUGAUGCUGUAUGUCUGACUUGCUGCUCCAGGGACGUCAUAGUGAAAGUUGACCAGAUCUGUCACAAAAAUAGCAUCAAGUUCUUUACAGGAGAUGUUUUUGGCUACCAUGGAUACACGUUUGCCAAUCUUGGAGAGCAUGAAUUUGUAGAGGAGAAAACCAAAGUUGCCAAAGUUAGUCAAGGAGUAGAAGAUGGACCUGAUACCAAGAGAGCCAAACUUGAUUCAUCUGAGACGACCAUGGUCAAGAAGAAGGUGGUCUUCUGCUCCGUCAAAGAGGCGCUGGAAGUGGACUGGAGCAGCGAUAAAGCAAAGGCAGCUCUGAAGCGCAUGACUCCGGAUUACUUCCUCCUUCAAGUGCUCCUGAAGUUUCGCACAGAUAAAGGAAGAGAUCCUAGUUCUGAUACCUUUGGAGAAGAUUCUGAGUUGUUGCUCCAGAUACGAAACGAUGUGCUUGAUGCCCUGGGUGUCAGUCCUGAUCUGCUUCCUGAAGACUUUGUCAGGUACUGCUUCUCUGAGAUGGCCCCCGUGUGUGCAGUGGUUGGAGGGAUCCUGGCCCAGGAAAUCGUGAAGGCCCUGUCUCAGAGGGACCCCCCUCACAACAACUUCUUCUUCUUCGAUGGCAUGAAGGGGAACGGGAUUGUGGAGUGCCUGGGCCCCAACUGAACGCGAGACUCCGCGGCCCCGGAGAUGCUGACUGCACAGCGCCCUUGUGCGAUCGAUCCCCUCCCCUCCCCUAUGAAGGCUUCUCCAGGCGAGGGAAAAACCAAGCCACUGAACCAGUAC